AUGGAUGCUUCUCUUCGCCCACGGUUUUUCAUCUCGCGUCAGGAUGGCAGUCUUACCCCUCUUAUUGCCGUUGAUGAGCUUCCUCCCCUCAUGUCAGUUCGGGGUGUUCCUCGCUUGUUGAGCCAAAACGACACCCAGGGCAUGACCAGUCUCGGCAGCGCAAAUCACCGCGGCCAGUUCUAUGUCAUCGACUGCUUUACUCAAGGCUCUGGAAAUGCAAAUGUCAUCAUUGGUGAUAACAAGGCUCUCCCAGCUGGUCCCAAGGCAAGUAUAGGAAUAACAUCUUCGCAAAACAGCACUAUCAGACCACAUUCUUACCUGGUUGAGAGCAGAAUGCGACUCGUAACGGAAAGGAGCUUGCUAAGAAUAAUCCCAACACCAGGCAGAAAGGAAACUCCAAGAAGGAAUACUGCUCUUUCUGGCUUCGCCAUGGCGAGUGUGACUAUCAACAGCAAGGCAAGCUGUAUCUUUAAACAUGAAAUGCCUCGCGACCCUGCUGUUCUCGAGAAGCUUGGGCUCAGAGACAUCCCUCGUUGGUACAGGGAGAAGCAUAAUAUCAAGAGUGUCACAGUGGGUGCUGACAACGGGCGACCCCGUGCAAAUCGCUCCAAUGUGCAAGCCCUUUUCAAUGGUGUCAAAAAAGAGCAGUGCUUUGAGCGUUUGGCAAUAGAAGCACCCAAGAAUCUCCAUGAUCUGCCACGUGAAGUUGUCACCACUGGUGAGCACAGACAGGAAAACCAAAUUGAUCGUUCUCUGCAAAGGGCCAACAAGACCCACGCGGUAGUCAACAUGCCAGCCUUGCCUGAAGAGACUGUCAAAGGAAGUGCGGCACCGCCAUCAGGCACUUUGAGUGAUAUUUUCAGCCCUGUGAAUCAGUUUGAGCUCCAUGGCCAGGGCGGGUUCAGCUCUUAUCAUAUAAUGGAUGCUGCCCCUACCUUCAAAGAUAACAAGACUGUGGGAAAAAUUGGCAAUCAAUUCGACCACGAUAACAUUUAUUCUGGUACUCCCGUCGCCAUGGGGGGCCUUUCCGAAAGCAAGAAUGCACAGUGGCUCACUGGUAGCUAUCUUCAAAAUGGUGCUGUUUUGAAUGGAGUCACUGGCAAUGGCAUGAGUCCCCACCCGACUGGCGCAGCAACUCCGGUGUCGAAGCCAGCAAAUAAAUCUCCAUGGACCUUGCGCGGCGGAAAGGCUGAUUUUUCUGAACUACCAAUGUCGCCUUUCGUGCCCCCGAAGCCACUUACGGAUCUGAUUGCAGAACAGGAACAAUCAAAAACGAAGCAUCAGAAAUCCCGUCGUCUUUACCAGCCUCGCAACGACGCAAAGCCCUCGAAUGGCCAAGAUGGGUUUAUCGCUGCCAAACUUCCCUCCAGCGACGAGAUUGUCGCAAAAGCUUUUAGCCCUUUUGGAACCGCAUCGCCCUCUUCUCUUGAUGGUAACCGGGCUCCCAAUAUUGGCGCAAAUCCCGGAUCUUAUUCCUCCACCAGCUCUUCUGGAUGUGGCUCUUCUAUUCGUUCUACCAGCUCCAGCAUUGGAAACGGUCGCACCAGGGCUAGCCCAGAAAAUUUGUAUUGUGAGCGCACCGCUAGCAUGACCAGUCGUAUCUUCGAAUUCAACGCAGACUGCGACUUAUUCAACUUGCACCUGAACGAUGACGCCCCAACCCAGCGUGCAGCAAUUUAA